UUCGAAAUUUAGUUCAUUCACGAUUAUGGCUAUAAAUCCACAAUACGAGGAGAUCGGCAAAGGUUUCGUUACCCAGUAUUACGCACUGUUCGAUGACUCGACCCAACGGCCCAGCCUGGUGAAUCUAUACAAUGCGGAGCUAUCGUUCAUGACGUUCGAAGGGCAACAGAUACAGGGCGCUGCCAAGAUACUGGAGAAGCUGCAAAGCCUCACGUUUCAAAACAUCAAACGGGUACUUACGGCGGUCGACUCCCAGCCAAUGUUUGACGGUGGUGUACUGAUCAACGUGCUUGGCCGGUUGCAGUGUGACGAGGAUCCACCGCACGCCUACUCCCAGACGUUCGUGCUGAAGCCGCUGGGUGGAACGUUUUUCUGUGCGCACGACAUUUUCCGGCUCAACAUCCACAAUUCGGCCUAG